AUGGAGGUAGCACGGGCUGCCGGGGGUUUGCGAUGGAAACUCGCCUCAUCAUCACUUGCGCCGCUGCGCCUCGCCUCGACCGCCGCCGCCGCCGCCCCCUUGAGGACGCCUGACAACAAGCCGAAGACCCAACAACGCGUGAGGCGAUAUGUGCCUGAGAAAGUCAAGUCCUUCGUCAUGAACGACGGCAAGCUUCUCACGACGCGCGAGAACUGGAUCUUCUUCCUCAAGCACGACAUCGAGCCCGACAAUGGAAGGAUGAGUCAAUUUUUCGCCGGCCCGGAUCUGCAAAAGGUCAGAAAGGAUUUCAAUGUCUCGUUGGCGUUCAGCCCGAAGCAUAUCCUUCACCCGCACGACUUGCAAUGGUUCGACCCUCGCGGCCACCCGCUCGUUGCGAUGAAGAAGGCCGAUUACGCCCGCAAGGCCAGCGAGCAGCCGCUGUGGAUCAUGGUUACGACCUUCGGCGCCGGACCGGCAGUGGUGCGCAACCUGACGCAGCGACGGCUGACGCGGGCGGUGCACACGGCGUUGGAGGCCAUGGGGUAUCAGUCGGCUACUGGGUUGAGCCCCACGAAGGAGAUACGGGGGACGUUUUGGGCCAUCAUGCAUGACCCUGUCAAGGCUGCGAAGCAUUCUGCGGAGCGAUUCGGCGAGGUCGUCGCCGCGGCGUUGGACAAAGAAUGCAGCCGACCAAGGACAUGA